GUGGGAAGUUCGAGAAAAUUGCUCCUUUAAGAAAGUUGUGGUGCUCUAACUUUCUCAUUGACUCUAUUUGUGGAAUUUGUUCAGAAUUAACGAGUGGCUGCUUGAGUGUUGAAAGACGGAAGAUUUGUGAUAUCUCAUGACUGAAAGGAUGUCUGAAUCUGGAGUCAAUCCACACUUGGAGGGGAUUAUUUCUGAUUUUGAAGCUCUGAAGAGGUCAUUCGAGGUAGAGGAUGUCGACACUUCCGCUCACUCGUCCCCCGGCUCUCGUCGGACGACCAGCUCCCCUCACCGCAACGCCAUGUCACCUACCAGCAUCUACUACCGUGACCUUGGCACGGCUGCUGCCAACAACAACAACAACCUCAACUACACCCAACCUCGGUCCAUUAUGGGUGGAGGAGGCUCCAAGACCCCCGAGCCUGUGCCGCGCCGCUCUGAACUUUCCAUCGACAUCUCCUCUUCAGCCAGCAAGCAUGUGGAUAACAUCACCAGCCCCGCUUCUGCACGCUUUGUGGCCAGCAGUGCCCUGAAACGCCCUGAUGUCCUGGGCCACUCUAAAACCCCCGACAUGAGCCACAAGAGGGAGGUGACAUUUGCCAAGCCAUCUUCUGACUCGUCAGUGAUACGGCGCAAUGAGGGCAACAAUAACAACGGGACCAGCCGGACCCCCGAGCACAAUCAUGCUCGCAAGUUUGAGCCCCCCAGUCCGGGGGAUAUACGUAAACCUGACAUCAGCAUCACCAGAGCUCCUCCUGAGAACAACGGCCACCACCCACACCAUCCCAAUCCACACCACAACACCAUCGUGACGACCUUCCGCUGCUCCUCACCCAGCCAUGCUGGACGCAAGUCUCCGAACCCUGACAGGUCAGAGGUCAGCCUGAGUCACAGCAACAUGUCGGAGUCCAGCAAGCCCCACCUCCCCACUCCUCAGGUUAAGGGGGAGAAGACCCAUGGCAGUGACUUCAGCUACGUGGGCAUUGAUGCCAUCCUGGAGCAGAUGAGGAGGAAGGCCAUGAAGCAGGGUUUCGAGUUUAACGUCAUGGUUGUGGGGCAAAGUGGUCUGGGGAAGUCCACUCUGAUGAACACCCUGUUCAAAUCCAAGGUGAGCAGGAAAUCUGUUCAGCCAAACCCAGAGGAGAGGAUCCCCAAGACCAUCGAGAUCAAGUCCAUCAGUCACGACAUUGAGGAGAAGGGAGUGAGGAUGAAGCUGACUGUUAUCGACACUCCAGGUUUUGGAGAUCAGAUCAACAAUGAAAACUGCUGGCAGCCCAUAAUGAAGUUCAUCAAUGAUCAGUAUGAAGCCUACCUGCAGGAGGAAAUCCACAUCAACAGAAAGAAGAGGAUCCCAGACUCCAGGGUGCACUGUUGCAUAUACUUCAUUCCUCCCACAGGCCACUGUCUUCGGCCUCUGGAUGUGGAGUUUAUGCGGCGCCUCAGCAAAGUGGUCAACAUCGUGCCCGUCAUUGCCAAGGCUGACACGCUCACCCUGGAGGAGAGAGACUACUUUAAACAGACGAUUAGAGAAGAACUGCGGGCCAAUGGGAUCGACGUUUACCCUCAGAAAGAGUUUGACGAGGAUUCAGAGGACAGGAUGAUCAAUGACAAAAUCAGGGAGAUGAUCCCUUUUGCUGUCGUGGGCAGUGAUCACGAGUACCAGGUGAACGGGAAGAGGAUUCUGGGGAGGAAAACGAAAUGGGGCACUAUAGAGGUUGAGAAUAUUGCACACUGUGAGUUUGCUUACCUGCGAGACCUGCUCAUCAGGACACACAUGCAGAACAUCAAGGACAUCACGGGCAGCAUCCACUAUGAGACGUACCGUGUCCGCAGGUUAAACGAGUCCAACGGCCACUUCACCUCUCAUCCCACCGCUGAGCCAAAAACCAACGGUCAGCCUGCGGAGCAGCCGAACGCUCUGCAGGCAAACGGCGUGGCUGCUCAGCACGAGGCCCUGUCCCAUGAGAUGUAGAGAGUCCUGUGUGGUGCGGCUGUAUAAUUUCAGGAGACAGUCGGGCACAAAAGAUACACUCUCUCUCACACACACACACACACACACACACACUCUGUUUACAUGGACAGGCCCACUCAUGCACACAGACACGCACUCAUGCUGUGAAGACCAUUUUCCGUCACAUAGAAGGACUACCUAAACACAGCUUUUAAUUUAUCAGGUUACAAGACACAGGACUCGGUAGUAAAUCCCCACGUUUCCCUUCUGUGGGCUGUUUUCUUGUCUUUUUACAUCAUUACAGCUUUGAAAACAAUCGCCCUGCAGACGUCCCCACCAGCUUCCCAAUGCACUCUACGUUUUUGGAUUGUUAACAAUGAAUCGUAUACUUUCACAGGUCGUGUAGGUGUCUGAUUUUUGUUAGUUCUGGCUGCUUCACUCCAUCAGUUCAGUCUACAUUGCAGUGGAAUACAGCAGCUAUGCAAGCGACGACUCAACAGUGAGACAAUAGAUCAGAAUCACUUGUAAUUAUGACUAAAGGGAGUUUUCUUGGGCGAAAAGGCCUGUGGCGUACAGGAAACCUCUCCGCGAGGCUUCACUAUGCAGGACUGUCCAGAUAAGGAGAGACGGUUAUUCAAAAUGAAGUACAGCAUAUCAGAUUAUACCAGAUUAGCUCUAAACUCGAAAUAACUGUUGAUGCCACUGACCCGGUCUAUUUUGUGUUGUGGUGUAUAGUUUUGUAUGGACUAGGGUAAAGUAGGGAUAAUUAGAUUAGGUUUAUAGUAUUAUGGAGGAAGUAAAGAUAUUGCUGACACCUCUGCACUGCAAAAUAAAAAAUAGAAAGAAGAAAGCAAAUAGCAGUGUGGAAAAGUUUUGGGAGUAAAAUCUGUCCGCUGGUCAUUUUUCUGUCGUGUUUCGAUGUUUUUAAGACCCAUUAUUUGUCAAAACAUCCUAUCUCUGACUAUAUAAUGCCAAUAUUGUGUAACACAGUCAUACCUUGCAUUUUACAUUGCUCAUUUACUAUUGUAUUUUUAUUGCUGUUGUUCAUGGUCUAAUAUUAUUGUAUAAGUUGGGGUUGUGUGGGGGAAUUUUGUGCAACUGUUGUCCCGUGCAGCCAUUUUUUUUUUUUUUUCUGACCUUAAACCAAAUAAAAGUGAUUAUUUUUCCUGUUUUGAGAAGCACAUGCAGUAUAUAGAGUUGAUUUAUGGAUAGGUAUUUAUGAGUAUGUUUAGUGUGAUCGGCCUAAUUCAACUGUCAUUCCAGAGGUUCAUUGUUCUUUUAGGUUUAGACGGUGUUUGUUUUCUGUUGCCUGCACUCGUACAGUAUGUCGUGCCCUGUUGCUUGGGCUCCAAUGUAAUUGUUUCCCCUCACUGAGUUCACCUGCUCGUGGAGUGGUCCAUAUGUGUUCAUUCAAUAUUAAUACUUGUGUGACUGAACCUGCCAGUAGAUAGUGGUUUGAGUGGUUUUACAUUUACGCGACAAGCUUUAAGCGUCGUUCAAAUGAGGAUAUUUUUGUGUCCGAGCAUUUUAAAUCAACACCCGUAAAAUGACAUAUUCAAGUCCAAGUGAUGUUGCAUCCAAAUUUGAACCAUCUCCAAUCAUUUGCUAACAAGCGUAUAGUGUUUAUUUUGAUUCUUACGAUAUUUUCCAUACAUGCAAAGAGGAGCGAUAACUGUUGUCUUUUACCCAGAGGAAGAUAUAAGGUUUACUUUGUUUACUGUUGUAAAGUUCUUGUGUAAUUUGUAAUGGUAUCAUAGAUCAAGGUUUUAUCUUUGGUUUGCUAUCUCAAAGAAUAAAGAUUGAUAUUUUUAUUGUUUAAAGUUAAA